CCCUUUCGAUUGACUUUCGAUUCUAGGUUCCGACGGAGAGAAGCUGCCGGCAAGAGAGCGAGUUGCUUCGAUGUUCCGUGUACUCAGAGUCUCAAGCAUGAAUAUUCCUGGAAUUGGCAGUCACUCCGACCGAAAUUGGAUCCUGCCUACUGGAGUAUGAGAGUUUCUGGAGAGUGCUAUUUCUCAAAUGGACAGUCAGAUGACAACAAACAGAAGAUGGGGAAACCCAUGCCACUGGUUUAUAACACAGACGGGAAGCUGCAGCUGAACCCAGAGGCUCUAGAGCUCCUCCAGUCCAUCGAGGUUCCAAUGGUUGUUGUGGUUAUGGUUGGUGCUGUUCGUACAGGGAAGUCCUACCUCAUGAACUGUCUCGCGGGAGAUAAGAAGGGAUUCUCAGUGGAUUCAUCUGUCCAGGCUCACACCAAAGGAAUCUGGAUGUGGUGUCGAUCCCUCCCUCAGAGACCCAAUGAGGUCCUCCUGUUGUUGGACACUGAAGGUCUUGGAGAUUCUGAGAAGGGAGACAGCAAGAAUGAUAAUUUCAUCUAUUCGCUGGCUAUCCUUCUGAGCAGCAUCCUCAUUUACAAUGGGCAAAGAAACAUCGACCAGCGAUCCCUGCAAGACCUACAUUUUGUGACUGAACUGUCUAAGCGGAUCCAGAUGAAGGCCCAGCCCGAUGACUGUGACAGUUGGGAAUUUGUCCGCUUCUUCCCUGAAUUUGUCUGGGUGCUCCGUGAUUUGACACUGGAUAUGCACAUUGAUGGAAAAGAUGUGACUCCAAAUGAGUACCUGGAGCACAGCCUGAAACUGAAGGACAGUGAGACCAGUGAGCAGGACAAGGAAUAUAAUGAACUCCGCAGGUGUAUCCGCAAUCAUUUUCCCUCACGUUGCUGCUUUGCAUUUCCCACUCCCACAUUCCGGAAGAAACUCAAGCAGCUCCAGGAACUGGAGGACAAGGAUCUGGAUGGGGAGUUUGUUACAGAGCGGCAGAACCUCAUCAAUUACAUUUACACCCACAAGAAAGUCAAGAAAGUUGUUGGGGGUCAGCUGGUCACGGGCAGGAGAUUUGCUGAAUUGACCAAGGCAUACGUGAGCAUGAUGUCGGAUGGGGUCCUACCAUGUGUGGAGAGCAGUGUCGCUAAAUUAGCGGAGGUGGAAAACCAAGCAGCAGUAAAUGAAGCCCUGAAAUUCUAUCACAAUGAAAUGAAAAAAAUCUCAGAACCUCAUGAUCUUACCAUGAGCGGAAUCAUGGAGAAUUACAGUACGAAGAGCAUAGAGGCACUCAGUAUCUUCCACAAAAGGUCUAUGAACAACAACAUUGACAAAUACAUCCAGCAGCUGGAGGAGACAAUGAGAUCCUCUUACAUGUCUCUCAUGACCAAGAUCAAGGAAAAGUCUCAAGACCACUGUCAGGCACAACUUGAAGAAGUAAUGGAAUCAAUUAAGGAAAACCUGACAUCUGGACAUUAUCAGAAAUCUGGUGGUUACCAGGAGCUGAAGAAGGAUCUUGAUAAUUCCAUAAAGGAGUAUGAAGAAAAGACCAAGAACCAGAUCGAGGGGUGGGCUGUCCUCAACAGUUUCCUGGAAGAGGAAAAGUCUCGUCUAGACCAGGUACAGGAGAUGGACAACAAGCUGACAGAGGAACAAAGGCGUGUCUCUGCUUUGGAAAAGGAACUCUCAAGGAUCAAAGAAGAGAUGGAGAAGAUGGAGCAGGAGAGGAAGGCGGCUGAGGAACGCAGGGCAAAGGAGAUCAUUGAGCAGAUCAGGAAAAAGUUUGAGGAGGGUAAAAAGUACAGCGUGGAGGAGCUGGAGGAAGCCAUGGAGCAUAUGAAAAGAGAGAUGGAGAAAUACAGAGUCGAGGGUAGGAUGGAGGAUACAGAAUGUGCUCAGAAGAUAUACGAGUACCUGAAGAAAAAACAUGAAGAGACAACAAAAUGGAGUUUCAAAAAUUUCAUACAGGCGCGGGAGCCAGAUCAGCCGGCGGUUAUCCCUGUCUAUGCCCCAUGGAAGCCACAAGACAUGAUCAUGAUAAAGAAUCAGGCCCCUGACAGAAAGGAGAAACCGGCGCUUUUCGCCAGAGAUGUUCCGGCUAUGCUGUGGUCACAGAUCACACGGUUCUCGAGCAGGCAGCCGUUGAACCGGCCGUGUCAGCACAAAAAGCAGAAUGAGUUAUUUGCCCUCCCUCGUGCCUGCAUCCUCGCCGCCAACAAACGUGCAAGCAUCCACGCUGAUUCUCCAUACGCCUUCGGGGUGUGUCAGGCAUACAAGGACGAAGACCAUACGACAAGCGAAGGCGACUACCCCAACAUCGAACCCGAGGACUGCGUACUAAUUAAGAACUGGAGCCGUGGUAAAUUAGAACAACGAAGGAAGGGACCAUUCCAAGUACUGCUCACCAGGCCCACGGCAGUCAAGUUGGAAGGACAACCGUGGUGGUCCUGA